GGGCGCGCCACCGCAGAGUGAGUCGCGUCCCGGAAGCGACGGCGGUGGUGGGGCAGACUGUUCUCUGGUGGACUUGCGAUUUCGGAGCGUCUGUGGGAGGUGGCGCGGCGUGGGGUGGGGCGGGCCUGAGGGGCCGCUCCCGGGCUUGGUGGCCCUUCUGUCCCCUUGGGCGCCCCUGCCCCUCCCAUUCCUGGGACAGUGUCCGGAAUGCAGUCUUCGGAUCGGGACCUGAGUGGACCAGAGGCGAGCCCCAGCGUGAUGCCUGAGGUUCUCUCUGAGUGUUCACCUGCCCCUACCAAGUCAACAGCGUUUGAUCUUUUCAACCUGGUUCUGUCCUACAAGAGGCUGGAGAUCUACCUGGAACCCCUGAAGGAUGCAGGUGACGGUGUUCGAUACUUGCUAAGGUGGCAGAUGCCUUUGUGUUCCUUGCUGACUUGCCUGGGCCUCAACAUCUUGUUCCUCACUCUGAAUGAGGGUGCAUGGUACUCCGUGGGUGCCUUGAUAAUUUCGGUGCCUGCCCUACUGGGCUACCUUCAGGAGGUGUGCCGGGCACAGCUACCAGAGUCUGAGCUGAUGAGGCGGAAGUACCACAGCGUGCGGCAGGAAGACCUGCAGAGAGUUCGCCUUUCCCGCCCUGAGGCUGUAGCUGAGGUGAAAAGCUUCUUGAUCCGACUGGAAGCCUUCUUGGCCCGCCUGUGCUAUACCUGCGAGUCAGCUUACCGUGUACUUCACUGGGAGAACCCUGUGGUGUCCUCACAGUUCUAUGGUGCUCUUCUGGGCAUGGUUUGCAUGCUCUACCUGCUGCCGCUCUGCUGGGUCCUCGCCCUUUUAAACAGCACACUCUUUCUGGGAAAUGGGGAAUUCUUCCGAGUGGUGUCUGAGUACAGGGCUUGUCUGCAGCGGCGGAUGAGCCCCAAGCAGGAAGAGUGCGUCUGUGAGGGCUCGGCACUGCAGGAUGCCGGGGGGAGGGCUGUUGUACUGGACAGCACCCCUGCCCCUACACCCACAGAGGACCUCACGCCAGGCAGUGUGGAGGAAGCUGAGGAGGCUGAGCCAGAUGAGGAGUUCAAAGAUGCAAUAGAGGAGACCCACCUGGUGGUGCUGGAGGACGAUGAGGGAACCCCAUGCCCAGCAGAGGAUGAGCUGACCAUGCAGGACAAUGGCUUCCUCAGCAAGAAUGAGGUACUGCGCAGCAAGGUGUCGAAGCUUACAGAGCGGCUCCGCAAGCGCUACCCGACCAACAACUUCGGGAACUGUGCAGGCUGUGCUGCCACCUUCUCCGUGCUGAAGAAGAGGCGAAGCUGCAGCAACUGUGGGAACAGCUUCUGCUCUCGGUGCUGCUCCUUCAAGGUGCCCAAGUCCUCCAUGGGGGCCACAGCUCCUGAAGCCCAGAGAGAGACUGUGUUUGUGUGUGCCUCCUGUAAUCAGACCUUGAGCAAAUGAGAAGAGAAGCCAGGCUCCAGCUGCCCUGGGGCCAGCAGUAGACCCAACUGCCCCAACUUUGGUCCUCUGAGGCCUGUGCUGGACAGAUGUAGCCUGACAGCUAGGCCCUUCCUGCUCUUUCCCUGCUGCCUCCAGCUGGGCUGGUGACACUCUAAGGCCCAGGGGGAGAGGAGCCUCUGGGGUCCUGGCUGUUGGUCCUGUUCUACCCUGUACCCUCUUAACUCAAGGCCAGCCAGGGAGUGUCCACCAGAGGGCAGAAGUGAGCACAGCCUGCUCUCAUCUGGGCUCUGGUGGUCAAAGCCAGACUGGCUAGGCCUUGGGAUCCAAGGAGACCGGAGGUUGGAAAAAGAGGUUCUUCCCCAUUGGGUACUGGGCAGUCUCAGCCCCAGAGCCUGCAAGGGGACUUAGAGCAGCAUGGCCUGACUCUGCCCUUUGAAUAGCCCCAGGACAUGUUGGUUUUUAGAGACAGGAUUGGAGUUACCAGGUGCCCCGAGGAGAGGGAAUGUGAGGGUGCUGGUCAAGUCCUUCAGUGUCACGUGGAUGGAUGGCAGUGUGGGGGAGCUCUACCUACAGAAUCUUAGCUCCCAUGAUUCUCUGGUGCCCUCAGCCCUGCUCGGGUGGCUACAGGGCCCUCACAUGAUUCCUACUUCCUGUUCUGAGUCUGGGGCACCCCACCUUUCUCCACUGCCACAUCUCUCUAGCCCUUAUCUCAUGGAACAUGAGGCCAGGCGAGUGGAGCAGAGAGUCUGGAAGCCUUUGAGGUUGGGGGAAGUAUGGAUCGCCUGGAUUUCAGGGCUGUUCCUAGAGAGGAGUUUACAUCGUAGGAUAGGGCACAUGGCCAGUUUUAUGUUCCCUCUUCUCUGCCAAGGGGGCGCUGCACCUCUUCUUAAGCCAUGAGCUGGCUCAGGCCCCUCCCCCAGAGCUUUUUCAGAGUAUUUAUUUAUUUAUUUCAUGGUUCCUGGGAGCAUGCAGCACAGGGUGGGAUGAAAACGAUGAGGGGCUUCUGCCUGCGACCCUUCUGUAGCCAUGGACCGCCCUUGGGGCAGAUCUUCAGGAACUUGCAUCAGUAGCAGCGGAGCUGUUUCUACCCAAGCAUGGACUUGGCGCGCACACUUGAGCCGCAUGAGUGACUCUCUGCUGAUGGGCCCCACACAGAACAGUGAGGGUUUGGCAGUGGGGACCAAGCAGGUGAGGUGUACCCCUUUGUCCUGGUGAGAGAAGGUCACCUCUGUGUAUUUAUACUGUAGAGCUGUAGAAAGGAACUCUGUGGAGAAUUGUCAAUAAAAGGCCCCACGCUUAUGGUUUUGUCAGGUCUAGUGCUGUUCGGUCUUUCACAUUGCCCAGGCUGGGCUGUAGGUGGAUCUUGCACACCUUCUGUGGCAGUGGUGAGCCAGCCAGGCCCAGUGGAAAACUGCCUUAGCAGAAGGAGGGGAGGGAUCUGUCUUGUGAUCAGACCCAGGGCCUUGGAUUGAGGUUGGAACCAGAACUUAACUAUAAGUAAUGCAGGCUUCAGAAUGGAAAGGUUUUAUCGAAUCCUCUGGGAAAGACAGGAAGGCCAGCACUGCAGGAGCCGGAGAACUAGUAAAGAGGUUCGUGGAGGGCGAGGUGAUCCAGAUUAUGUUGGUGCUGGGCACUGCACACGUUAUGCAGGUAGCAGCAGCAAGCCCAUGAGGUAGGCUCUGAUGUCCACAUGGUAAGGCAGCAGCUCUGCGAGCCAGCUCUGAGCUACCACCCACCAUGCACCUGUGUGCCAUCAUCCUACAGCCUUCACAAGGAAUCUCUGUUCUGUGUCCCUAUAGCAGAAGUCUUUUCCUCCUCUUCCUCCUCUCCCUCUUUCUUUCUCCUCUCCUCUUCUUCCUCCUCCUCCCACAAAGAAUGAUUUUAAGUCUUUUUUUUAAAAGAAGGUAUCAGGGAGAGAGUUCAGAGUAUAGUUUGAAAUAGUUGAUGUCAUCUUACUGAAAGGUGACUGUCACUGCUCAGAAAGGCUGACUGUAGUAUGUAGUCACAGAUGUGAGAAAAGGGGCUUCCUUUUUUCGUUUCCUGGAGGUCCCUGUGUGAACAGGUGGGAGGCUGUCUUCAAAUUCAGGUUUCUUCUUUGAGAACAGAGCCACCAGAGUUCAGCAGGGUUGGUGGUGGUAGUGGUGUCACCACGGAGCCUGUGGUGCAGAGUUCUCUAGGUGGGAUGACAGACAGCUUGCACGCUGUGGAACUGGAUGUCUGUGUCAAAAGACACCUGCUAGUUUGAUGGGCACCCAGGAACAGGGUCAGAGAGCCAGGUUCGGAGGGUCCUGGCACGUGGCAGGGCAGCUCUGGGACUCUGGCAUCCAGCCUGACUUGGGCUCAGGUCUGUUGAGGGUUUUGUGGUCCAGUGUGUCGAUUCCUUCAGAAAGUCUUGGCAGACCUGGAACAGGCAAUGGUUUGGGGAGGUGUUGUCUGUAGCCCUUGGGACUGAAGCCAAAUGGAUCUCCUUUAGAGGUCUGUGUUUGUCUUCCCACAGCUGGCCCUACGCACGGCUCAUUUUGCCAGGGAACGUGUCCCACCGUGCCACAGGUUCCCCUAAUUCGUGGAUAUCUUUUUUUUUUUUUUUUUGGGUUCUUUUUUUCGGAGCUGGGGACCGAACCCAGGGCCUUGCGCUUCCUAGGUAAGCGUUCUACCACUGAGCUAAAUCCCCAGCCCCUAUUCGAGGAUAUCUUAAAUGGGCAGAUGGAGGUGCAGGGGGGUCAAGUGAGUGGGAAUUGUGUUGCAGGUGUUCAUAGCAGCCAUGGCCUAAGAAUCUCUGGGUAAAGGUCACAUAUUCUGGUCCCCACUCUAAGGAGCUAGCCACCCAGCUAACAAGAACUGUCUGCCCUCCCACCCCCGCCCCAGCACCAUCCCCCUUCAGUCUCUACCAGAACAGAGAUGGCCUUGUGGCAGGAGCCCCCACUUCUCCCAGUGACCCCGCCUCCUGCCAGCAACACCCCAGCAGCACAUUCCAUUCUCUGGCCCUGCUGGUGGCUGCCGAUUCAGGUUCCUUCGGCCAUAAGCCUUCUCUGGGGCUCCAGCAGAGGCUGUUUGGGCUGGGACACUGGGCUCCAGCCACACAUAUUCCAGCAACAAGCACCCCCCGCAUUAGAUUUCCCAAGGAGUGAACUUCAAUUCAGCCAGGAUUACAGAUGGCCUUACAGUUGUGGGAUAUGGGCUUGCUUUGUGUAGACCUGAGGCUGGACACUAGUAGGGGUGAAGAGGAGUGGGUCUGCUUCUGCUGGGGCCUUGUAGCAUUACUGGAGCAGCCUCACGAUUGCCUGUGCCCUUGUCCCACCUCACUUCUGUAGAUGGGAGUAAUAGUCUGCAGACUUUCAAGCUGUGACUCCAUAUGCUGUCCUGUACUGCAUGCGAGGAUUAGGGGAAGUUUGGUGACAGCAAAAGGCUCUCAAACUCUGAGCAACUAAAAACCAACUCAAAGCCAAACUCGAAAACCCAUCGGAGGUGUUUGUGGAGCACUGUCCUGAGCACUGCACCCUGUAGAUUCCUCAUGCCACAGAGGCAGUGAAAACCCCUUGGAUCGUACAACGUGAGGCCACUGCAUGUUGUGAACUACAGUGUUUUUACUGUACGUUCAGUUCCUGCUUUUACAGGAACAUGGUGGUUUACAGAAAAUAAGGACUUACUAAUGGCCCUACUUGCAUGUAAAUAUCUAAGGAGAGUAUGUCAUUGGAUUAUUAUGUUGGAAUACUUGAUUUUAAAAUCGGUUACUGUUUGUGGACGGGUGAGAUGGCUCACUAGGUAAGCCCUGCCCACAAAGGCUGGACCCCUGACUUUGAUCCCUGGGACCUUGUUAAAAAGCCAGCCGUGUUGCAUCUGUAAUCUCAGCAUUCUUGUAGAGAAAUGCAAGGAGACAAGAGGAUGGCCCUGGAGAGUGCAGCAGUCUGGCAUAAACUAGAGUCUGCCUGAAAAAGACUGAAGGAGAGAACCAAGCCCUCUGCAUCUACACAUGCACUGUAGCACAGGCAAUAAUAAAAAUUAAAAGAGAAAUGAAAA